UUCAACGUUCUCCCAAGCUUACCAUUGUCCACUUAUUUAUCUAAACUCCCAUUUCAUUUCCCAACUUCUACUAUACAUUUUCUGUUGAUCCACCGUCGCCAGUGAGCUUUCCGGUUCCCUUGACGCUCACCAUGGCAACCGGACAAAUAUUUUCUCGUACGACGCAAGCACUAUUCUACAACUACAAGCAACUACCCAUCCAACGGAUGCUUGACUUCGACUUCCUCUGCGGGAGGGAAACGCCGUCAGUUGCUGGAAUCAUCAAUCCUGGUUCCGAGGGAUUUCAGAAACUCUUUUUUGGUCAAGAGGAAAUUGCCAUCCCUGUGCAUUCUACAAUUGAAGCAGCUUGUGCAGCACAUCCCACAGCCGAUGUCUUUAUCAACUUUGCAUCCUUCAGAAGUGCUGCUGCAUCAUCAAUGUCUGCUUUGAAACAGCCUACCAUCAGAGUUAUAGCUAUCAUAGCUGAAGGUGUUCCAGAGUCGGACACUAAACAGUUGAUUGCAUAUGCACGGGCUAACAAUAAGGUAGUUAUAGGCCCAGCUACUGUUGGUGGUAUUCAAGCUGGAGCGUUUAAGAUCGGUGACACUGCCGGAACAAUUGACAAUAUAAUACAGUGCAAGCUGUACAGGCCGGGAUCUGUGGGCUUUGUCUCUAAAUCAGGUGGAAUGUCCAAUGAGAUGUACAAUACUAUUGCCCGUGUUACAGAUGGAAUUUAUGAAGGUAUUGCAAUUGGAGGUGAUGUGUUUCCUGGUUCCACUCUUUCUGACCAUAUUUUGCGGUUUAACAACAUCCCACAGGUUAAGAUGAUGGUUGUACUUGGUGAACUUGGUGGUCGGGAUGAGUACUCUUUAGUUGAAGCCAUGAAACAAGGAAAAGUUAACAAACCAGUGGUUGCUUGGGUUAGCGGUACUUGUGCUACACUAUUUAAAUCUGAAGUUCAAUUUGGUCAUGCUGGGGCAAAAAGUGGUGGUGAGUUGGAGUCUGCUCAAGCCAAAAAUCAGGCUCUAAGGGAUGCUGGAGCAAUUGUUCCUACGUCAUAUGAAGCCCUCGAAGAUGCAAUUAAGGAAACAUUUGGAAAAUUGGUCGAAGAGGGGAAAAUUACUCCAGUAAAGGAAGUGAAGCCUCCACAAAUUCCUGAAGAUCUUAACUCAGCAAUUAAGAGUGGAAAAGUCCGGGCCCCAACCCAUAUUAUUUCCACCAUUUCUGAUGACAGAGGUGAGGAGCCCAGCUAUGCUGGAAUUCCAAUGUCUUCCAUUGUGGAGCAAGGCUAUGGUGUUGGGGAUGUUAUUUCACUAUUAUGGUUCAAGCGCAGCCUUCCUCGGUACUGUACACAUUUUAUUGAGAUAUGUAUCAUGCUCUGUGCUGACCAUGGUCCUUGUGUAUCUGGAGCGCACAACACAAUAGUAACAGCUAGGGCUGGAAAAGACCUCGUGUCCAGCCUUGUCUCAGGUUUGCUUACUAUUGGCCCACGAUUUGGUGGUGCCAUUGAUGAUGCUGCUCGGUAUUUCAAGGAUGCAUAUGACAGAAAUCUUACACCUUAUGAAUUUGUUGAAAGCAUGAAAAAGAAAGGGAUUCGUGUGCCUGGAAUUGGCCACAGGAUCAAGAGAGGCGACAACAGGGAUAAGAGAGUGGAGCUACUGCAGCGGUUUGCACGGACUCAUUUCCCAUCUGUGAAGUACAUGGAGUAUGCUGUGGAAGUCGAAACUUACACUCUCUCAAAGGCAAACAACUUGGUUCUUAAUGUAGAUGGUGCAAUUGGAUCCCUUUUCUUGGAUCUUCUCGCUGGUAGUGGAAUGUUCAGCAAACAAGAGAUCGAUGAGAUCGUCCAGAUUGGCUAUUUGAACGGCCUGUUCGUGCUGGCUCGAUCCAUCGGUCUAAUUGGACAUACAUUUGAUCAGAAGAGAUUGAAACAGCCACUUUACCGCCACCCAUGGGAAGAUGUUCUCUACACCAAAUGAUGAAAUUACAAAUACCGAUCUAAACAAGUAUGUUUCCUUGCAAUAUUAUUUUUGGUGGAAUCUUUCUUUUCUUCUUCUUACCCUCCCCUCCUUAGAUCACUGUUUGUAAUGCAAUGCCUUAGUUUCUUUAAGUUUCAUUAAGGUUGACUAGUCCAUAAAAGGGAAAAAUUGUAGUUCAAUUUGAAAUAAAAAAAUUAUGGUGUCCAUCUGCUACUACCCUGAUGUAUAAUUAUCUCUCUAGACCAUUAAAAGUAAUGGAAUUCUGGCAUGAA